CUUCUUACAGGAGUGUGAAUUCAACAAAAUGUCGGAUAAUAGCGUAUUACGUGUUGUGUGGAAUGGGAAUCUACGUGCAGUGUCUGCAUCGGGGUCAUGUACUCGUUGGUAUUUUACGUUUAAUGACAACGAGUGCGAUAACCCCUUUCCAAUAGACACAUCUAUGCAUACUCAUGGGAGUCAGAAUAUGCAUGUUGGCAUAUCUGUUGAAGGAAUGUGUUAUGGUAUUGGUAAAGGUGAAAUUCGUGUAGCUUUCCAUGUAUCUACUCCCUGUAGUGGACAUCCUGCUUCGGAUGCUUAUACUGGCUGGCAAUCAGUAUCUAGGAUCAUCAUAGAAGAAAUACCCAUAGCCCAGUAACGGUUCGAUUGUUUCAAGAUAGGGCUUUUCGACAUUAUAUUAACGACUGAAAAGCGUCACAA